UCCAAAAAGGGUUUCAAACCCCAAAAAUGUAGCAUAUUUAUAUAACAAUCAUUCUUCAAUUUGAUUUUUUCUUCUCUCUUUUUCUAAAACCCUAAUUUUGUUCCUAAUUAACUAAGCCCGAAUUCAUGCACAAACAAGAUUCAAGAAAUAUGAGUACAUAAUCAGCAAAAAAAUAUUAAAUUGUAUGUAAAAGAGAAGAAUUGAAAAGAUGAAGGGGCUAUUCAAAUCUAAGCCAAGGACUCCCCUUGAGCUUCUGCAGCAAACACGAGAGCUUCUCAUGUUUUUUGAUAAUAAUACAGAAACUCGUGAACGUAAACGAGACGAGAAGAUGGCAGAACUAAGCAAAUCAAUUUUGGAAAUGAGGACAGUUCUUUUUGGAAAUGGUCAAACUGAGCCAAAUUUAGAAGCUUGUUCACAAUUGGCCCAAGAGUUCUUCAAAGAUGACACAUUUCGCCUUCUCAUUAUUUGUCUCCCAAAACUUGAAUUAGGGGCACGUCAAAAUGCAACUCAUGUGAUAGCAAAUUUGCAAAGACAACGUGUUAAAGGGAAGCUAAUUGCGCCUGACUACAUGGAAAAUAAUUUGGAUCUCGUAGAUAUUUUGCUAUCCGGAUAUGUAGAUGGUGACAUUGCUCUAACUUAUGGUGCGAUUUCAAGGGAGUGUAUUCGUCAUCAAGCUGUGGCUAGGUAUGUGUUGGAACCAGAGCAUAUGAAGAAUUUUUUUAAUCAUAUUCAGAUACCAAAUUUUGAUAUAGCAUCAGAUGCCCAAGCAACUUUUAAGGAACUUUUGACAAGGCAUAAAUCUACCAUAGCUGAAUUUCUUUCUGUAAAUUAUGAAUGGUUUUUUGAAGAAUACAAUACGCAGUUGCUGCAAUCUUCCAAUUAUAUAACCAGACGUCACGCUGUCAAGUUAUUGGGUGAUAUAUUACUCGAACGCUCAAAUUCAAAUGUGAUGAUUCGCUAUGUUAGCUCAUUGGAUAAUAUGAGAAUCCUAAUGAACCUUUUCAGGGAUUCAAAGAAAACCAUACAAUUGGAAACUUUUCAUGUCUUCAAGUUAUUUGUUGCAAAUCAAAGUAAACCACCUGAGAUUAUCGGUGUUCUUGUUACGAAUCGAGACAAGCUUCUCCGAUUUCUAGGCGAGUUCAACAUAGACAAAGAUGAUGACCAGUUUCAAGCAGACAAAGUACAAGUAAUGAAAGAAAUUGCGAGCCUUGAAAUUGGGGAUCGGUCUUGUGUAGACUCAGAGGAUUGUGAAUCUGAACCUUAAAUAUUUCUGUAAUAAACUUUUUUUUUUCUUCAUUUAAAUACUAUAGCAUUUAGUCUUUAUUUACAUAUUG